AUGGAGCCUUCCGAGAAGAAAGAACUGCAGCAAACACCACUAGACCCGGACCAACAUGAAGGCCAAGUAAGCGAAACGAGCAAUGAUGCUGAACGCAAGGUCCUUUCAAAGUUCGACAAGUUUGUUAUGCCGCAGAUGGCUCUGUUGGUCCUGUUUGCCUACCUCGAUCGAACAAAUAUAGGAAAUGCCCGCGUCUUUGGAUUUGAAGAGGAUACAGGAAUGCACGGGACCCAGUUCAACGACGUAUCAAUGUACUUCUAUAUCUCCUACGUCAUCUUCGAAACACCUUGGGUUCUGGCUGUCAAGAAGUUCGGUCCCGGUCGCGUCCUCGCCAUAGCUAUCAUUAGCUGGAGUGUCAUAACUCUGGGUACCGGUUUUGUUCACAGCUAUGGUCAAGUCGUUGCAUGCAGAGUUCUUUUAGGUUUCUUCGAAGCUGGUCUGUUUCCAUCUCUCAUGUUCGUCGUGUCGCAAAUCUACCCCCCAGCUUCCCAAGGUAAGCGCAUGGCCGUGCUCUAUGUGUCGAUUGCGCUGUCUGGGGCACUGGGAGGACUGAUUGCAUAUGGCAUUCAGAGUAUGGGCGCUAGACACGGACUCUCUGCCUGGCGGUGGCUGUUCAUUAUCGAGGGUGCUAUUUCACUCGUUAUUGGAGCCAUCUGCUGGUUGAGUUUACCCAGUUCUCCAGAGACAGCCUGGUUUCUAAGUUCUGAAGAAAAAGAAACAAUGAAACUCAUCAAAGAGCGGAACAACCCGUUCAAAGAAACCGUCGAGUUUUCUUGGAAGCAGGUGGGAAUGGCAGUUUCUGACCCUCUCAUCUGGCUUGCGUCGAUUGCCUUGUUUUGCUCUUCCAUUGCACUAUUUGGUUUUGGAACAUUUUUACCUACCCUUCUAAAGGGCCUUGAUUACACCUCUCUUGAAGCCAAUUACCUCAGUAUCCCGGUCUAUGUUCUAGCAUCAAUCUUUACUGGAGCCACUACAUACGUUUCCGAUCGUCUCAAUCGCCGAGCAGUAUGCCUCAUCCAUUCUCCGCUUCUAGUCGUUGCUGGCUACGCAGUAGUCGUGGGUACGGGACACAAAGGGGCGGGUUUCUUCGCCAUGUUUUUGGUCGGUAGUGGAGUUUACUCGUUCAACACACUCGUGGUGACGUGGAUAUCCAACAAUAUCCAGCCAGAUUACAAGCGCUCUGUUGCUAUCGCCACCAUCAUAUCCAUAGGAAACGCUUCUGGCAUGGCGGCAUCACAAAUCUAUCCAAUCCAGGACUCCCCUCGCUAUGUGAUGGGAAAUGCAGUCUCUCUGGGAGGCGAAGUCAUUGCAUUAGUCUGCAUUGGACUUAUUUAUGGCCUUCUCAAGUAUCGCAUGCGUCAGAAGGCGAAGCUGUUGGCGAUGGGUAAAGACAGCAACGGUCAAGAGGGUGACCGGAGCCUGGACUUUAAAUAUGUCUUUUGA